AUGCCAACCUAUCUCUGCCACGGGUUUCGAUGGCAUCGCCGUGAUCUCCGCGUCUUCGUCAUCUUGAACAACUUGGAAGAUGCCGCCCCCGACUGGGUCCUUGGCGAGACCACAGCGACUCUAUUACUCGACAGAUUCACAAAGACGUUUGACUUUCUGCCCAAAAUCUCCGACGCCGAAGCCGAGGCGGCGUGCAAUCCCAAGACCUCGGCACAACCAACCGCGCCCCUGCAACACCACGACGACGAUUUUACGCUCCCUCCAUCGCGAGUACCGAUAGCCCACGAUCCUGUGCUGCAGUAUACCUGGUCGCCAGUGAAGCUGCUCGAAGAAUACGACCCGGACGAGACGGUCAGCCCAACCAGACCUUAUGCUUACGUUGCCGACCACGUCUUACGUGUCGACCUUGGUGCCGACGUGCUGGCCGAAAUGGCUGCCUACAACAAAGCGAACAAGGCCGGCCAGAAUGCCUGGUUCUCGACGCUGCGCGACAAUGUGCAGAACGGGGCCGACAUUGGCUGGUACGUGGUGGUCUGUGGCGACACCGUGCGCGAAUACCCAGACGAUGAGACAGAGACGGCAUCCGAGCUAGGGCGCGUGCAGCCGCAACAAGGGGUGACGCAGCGGCCUGCCACCAUGGCCACGACGAUGCAACCGGUUCAGCGCGGAUCCUUGACCACAAACAGCAGCACACGGCCUUCGCAAGACCUCCCCAAGGCAUCGGCAGGCCAGGACUACUCGCAUAUAAAGCCCCCGCCAAUCCCAGACGAUGACAAUGGCCGAGAGUGUGGCCCCGGGAUGACUCGUCGGCCGUCUCUGCGGCAUCGCCUAUCAAAGGCCGGGUUACGCCGCUUGUUUAGCAAAAAGGAAGGCCAGGCCCAGGAGCAGGAGCAGGCCGGUUAA